AUGGACCAAAUAGGUUACUUUGCUGUGACGAUCUAUUUGUGGUUAAUAGAUUUUUGUUAAUGGCAGCAAAAUAACUAAUAAUGGUAAAUUGCUCAACUAUUAACAGCAGCAAAAACUAUCCACUAAAGAUCGUUUUGCUGCUACAAAUAGUUAGUUUCUUGCGGUUAAUAAAAAAAUCGGUUAAUCUAUUUGCUGUAAGCAAGCUUCGAUUUGGGACAAAUAAAUCGUAUUACUACGAUGUGGAUGUUAGUGAUAAGUUAGGUGUUCAUUUACUGCAACUUAGCUCCUUUUAGCUACAAAUAAAAAAGGUUGCUGCUACAAAUAAAUGAGUAAACUUAUUUGCUUUAUUAUCAUUUUAAGAGUGCGUGCUUUCUCAGUGUAUGCAGGUAGUUCGUGGGUGUAACAUAUACAAUACCUACAGCUGUGAGUUCGUGUGAAUUACGUACCUACUUGUUUUGUUACAAUUAGCUUACCGUAAUAUAAAUGGAUUAUAAGAAACUAUUGGAAGCGUGGGGUAUGAGUAAUUACAUAGAAGCCUUCGAAGAUGAUGGAAUUGACGAUGAGAGCUUUCCGAUAUUGGAUUCCGAGACGAUAGCGAAACUUUUCCCUAAAAGUGGACCACGAUUGAUAUUUAAAAAGAAAUACAAUGAAAUGUUUCCCACUCCUGCUACUUCAAAGAGUUUUGAAGUAGAAUCAAGUGAUCUCUAUAACUGCAGUACUCCAGCAUCAGUGUCAACUUAUACCACAAAUGAGUCUAUUAUAACUGAUCUAGAUGUCAGUUUCGUUCCAGAUCAAGAACUAUUAGAUGUAAUAGAAAAUAUUGGUAAUAAAGUCUCUGAAAAACGAAAGAUUGACGAUCCCUUGGAUAAUACCCCUUCCUGCAGUAAGAAGCAGCAAACUGGACUUGGAGAUAUAGAUAGUGUUUUCCCGGAGGGUUUGGAACGGGUACUACAAAAGUAUACAGACGGGAAACUUGUCUUAUUAAACCGAAACAAAUUAACUAAUGAUUUACGACAGAAAUUGGUAAAAGUGGCUGUACCUAAAUGA